AUGAGCUCGCAUUUGUCGGAGCUUUGCAAGGCCAGUGAGGUGGGUCCCAUUAUAGAACAGCUUAGGCAGUUGUGCCCGCAACGCCUAAGUUUUGACGCAGCUGAGGAAGAGAAGGGGAUCCCCGUUGCUUCUGGCUUUACGAGCGAGGCAGAUGAGCAGAUGCGGUGCACCUUUGGAGGGAUUUGGGGCCAUCAGGACGAUGACGGCAGGACCGCGCUGCACUGGGCGGUGGCCAUGCGGAAUUUCUCGCUAGCUCGCACUCUCAUGAAGGCUCCCUAUUUCGCUCUUGCCUUGAGCGAGGAUCAUGGCGGGGCAUCACCGUUUACAACCGCCUGUAUGGUUGCCGCGCCAGGCGAGUUUCUGAGCGAACUCCUGGCCACGGCAGCGUUGCAACGAAGCUGGAAGGUGGCUCGGGAGCAAGGCGGCAUAAAUAAUACACCGGACAGUGCCACAGCGGGUGUGGGUUCGGACGGCGCAGAGGCUAUCGACGACCCCCUUGUGAAACACAAACUAGCUAUUCUCAAUCAAACUGACAGCCACGGGAACACGCCACUUUUGCACGCGGCGGGGCGAGGCAAACUUGCCACUGUGCGUCUCUUGUUGCAAUGGGGGGCCUCCAUUGACCAUCAAAACAGGCGCGGGCAGUCGGCGCUCCAUCGUGCUACGAGUCGCGGUGCAAGUGAUGUUGUAGAGGAACUUGUGACAACAAGUCAAAAGGAGCACAGCCGUGCAGAACACCGUCGGUGGAUGAAUCUGCAAGACUACCGGGGCGACACCGCCUUAUUUUACGCCUCCAUGGAAAAUAAUGAAGAGCUGGGUCGCUAUCUGCUGCGUCACGGGCUGGACCGCGAGAUCAGGAACAAGGAAGGAAAAGAGUUUUGGGAGGUAUAA